AUGUCAGGGACUUCAAGAAGACGGCCGGUGUUGAGGCCAUGGAUAUCGCCAAACGACUGCAGGACUACGGCUUCCACGCGCCCACCGUCUCGUUCCCAGUGGCCAACACUCUGAUGAUAGAGCCCACAGAGUCUGAGGACAAGCAAGAGUUGGACCGAUUCUGUGACGCCAUGAUUCGGAUCAGGUCUGAGAUCAGAGACAUCGAGACCGGACUUAUGGACAGAAAAAUGAAUCCAUUGAAAUGCGCACCUCAUACUCAACGAGUGAUCUGUUCAUCCGAUUGGAACCGACCCUACACUCGAGAAAUGGCUGCCUUUCCCGCUAGUUAUAUAAAACCGGAGACAAAGAUGUGGCCAACAGUUGGACGCAUUGAUGACAUCUAUGGCGACACUCACCUCUUCUGUACGUGUCCUCCAGUCACGGAUCAGUUGUACUGAUAGUUGCACUCAAUGUAUAUAAAUAUUUUUGAUAAUAAAUUCUUUAACUUUAGAUA